AUGCAGGAAACAGUAUCACUUCCCCAAUUUUGGACUAACGAUGUCAUUGGAUGGUUCCGUCAAGCAGAAGCCCAAUUCCGUCUUGGUGGGGUGCGCAAUGAAAUGGAGCGGUUCAAUGCAGUGUGGUCACGACUGCCCCCCGAUAUUUCAAGACUGUGCCACCAAUUGUACCUCAAACGCGAGUCAGAACCAUCGCCCUAUGAAACACUGAAAGCCGAGGUUCUUCGAGUCACAAAUGUUGUAGAGGAUGAUGAAAAAAUUGAAGAUGGUAGUCGACCUGGCAUUAGACGGGAGGAGCGAAGCAGCUCACUGCUUAGAACGGGCCUACAGAAGGCAUUUUAUCAGUAA